AAUAUAUAUAUAUAUAUAUAUCAUUUCUAUUUCAUUCUCUAUUUACAUGACAAACAGUCCGAUUAAUAAAACAUAAAACCUAAAUAUCUUUUCCCAAAAACAAGCAUAUCAAGCCCAUGCCCAGAGUCAUUCUCAUUCAUGACCAUUCACUCCAAUUAUCAUGCGUCACCAAACCAUCAUGCCCAUCCUCUUCACUCUAGUCAUACUUUUAUUAGUCAACAGUCCUCCGCCGGCCACCGCCGCCGGCUGCUACACCUCCAUCUUCAGUUUCGGCGAUUCUAUCAGUGAUACCGGAAACUUCAUCGCCACCGGUGCAUAUAAUCCCAUUUGUAACUCACCUUAUGGUGAGACCUUCUUCCAUCAUCCUACUGGCAGAGCUUCUGAUGGCCGUCUUAUUAUUGACUUCAUAGCUGAAGGAGCUGGAUUGCCUUAUCUGGUGCCAUUUUUACAAGGGGAGAACAAACACCAGGAUUUCAAGAAAGGCAUAAAUUUUGCAGUGGUUGGAGCAACUGCGUUGAAAACAGACUUCUUUCAGAGCAAGGGAAUAACACUUCCCAUGACCAAUUACUCACUUAGCUUCCAAACUCAAUGGUUCAAACGAUUACUACCAUCUCUCUGCUCUUCUGACUCUGAAUGUAAGAACAUGCUUGGAAAUGCAUUGUUUUUGAUGGGAGAGAUUGGAGGGAAUGAUUAUUAUAAUGCAUUCAUAGAUGGGAGAAGUGUAGAAGAGAUAAGAACAUUUGUGCCUUUUGUUAUCAAUGCUAUAAGUUCAGCUAUUAGUGCUUUGAUUGAGAUUGGAGCAAGAACAUUGUUGGUUCCUGGGAAUGUAGCACUUGGUUGUAUUCCUGCUUAUCUUGAUUUAUAUCAAAGCUCUAACCCAGAAGACUAUGAUCAAGAAACAGGUUGCAUCAAGUGGUUGAAUGAAUUCUCACAAUUUCACAACUUACUUCUCCACAAUGAAUUAGAGCUUCUUCAGCAAUUGCAUCCUCAUGCUACUAUCAUUUAUGCUGAUUAUUAUGAGUCCAUGAUGGCUAUUUUGCAAUCCCCAGAACAAUACGGUUUUGAGAGUCCACUUGUGGCUUGUUGUGGUAAUGGAGGUUAUUACAAUUACAACAAAUCUUGUGUCUGUGGAGAGGUAUGUUCAACAGUGUGCAAUGAUCCAUCAAAACAUUUUUCAUGGGAUGGAUUACACCUCACUGAAGCUGCUUAUAAGGUCAUUGCAACUAGCUUGAUCCAGGGGAAGUAUACUAGUCCUCCCAUCACUCAUACCUGUUUUUUGGGAACAAAUACUGAGCAAUUGAGCUCAACAUUCAGUAUGUAAACUGUAAAAGAUGUAUUUUGUUUUACUGGUUUUUAUUAAAUAAAAGGGAUGAAAUAAAUAUAGUCCUUUAUGUAUAU